GGAUUGUUGAUUUUUUGGAUUUUCUCUCUCUAUAAUCUAAAUAAAAAAAACGGAAAAGGGGAAAAAUCCUUGACCAGUGUAGCUGUACGGUAACGAUGCUUGUUGCACUUUUCCAACUCCCCAAGAUUUCUGAUGCGCUAUCCUUGCAUUACUUAUAAGAGAAUCUGAUGGAAGUUGGAGGGUUGCCAUACUGCCAAUUAGAUGUUUAGAUAAACUGAAAAAAUUGGUAUUUUGAGCUCAGCUGAAUAUGGGAGGUCUGCAUCUGGCUUCCCCACCAUCUGUCAACACAUUUAGUGGUGAUGAAAGCAAGGUACGGAAAGGGCCUCAAUCUAACCUUCCUUAUUCCAUCAGGUCUCAUACAACCAGAAGCCUUCCUGGAUCCAGCGUGCAGCAUCAAUCUCAAAAGAAGGGCCUGGAAAAUAAAGUGACUAGAUCAAAUGAAUUCUCUGAUUAUUCUUCCAGCAAGAGUUUUUUCACUUGCAGUGAUUCCUAUGAUUUGAUCCCAAAAGAAUGUAAUGGUAAUAAUUCAUCUUUUGUGUUUAUUGAUAGUUCCAGAGUGCAAAAGGCAAAGAAAAGUUUCAGAAAGAAAACAAGAAGGAAAGGAAAGCAGAAUAAGAAAGUAUCCAGUCACUGUGGAUUAACUGAACUGGAAGUUUUAUCCGAUUAUGCCUAUGAUCGUUCCACCUCUGAAACCUGUAGUUAUAAUGAUCGUGGUGAUGGAUUAUCAUCAUAUGAAACCUUACCCGAAGUUUCAUUGUCAGAAGAUAGCAUUAACUGUUCUGGGGCUCCAAAGUCAAUCAUGUUCAACAGUGAUGAGUUUGAUAUGGUGGAAACUACUAUAUCUUCUAUGGAACAUCAAGUGAUUAAUUCGGAUAUUGGGAUUCAGGAGAAAGAUUAUGAAUUUUCCGUCCUUGAUGGCAGAAUGACAGAGGCUCAUAUUCAGAUCAAUUGUGAUGGUGAUAUGCAUUCCAAAAGUUUCUCAAAUAUUCCUGAAUCUCUAGUAUUGGACUCUGUUUCUGUUGGCUCAUAUGGUGAUGAUGGUAUUAAUGCCAAUCAUGAUGUAAAACCAUUUGAUAAAGGAAGUGGCAGAGUUUGUUUUGUGGAAUCACUGGGCAUCAAUUCUAUGAAGUGCUUAUUAGAUGGUGCUGUAGAUAUGUAUGACCACACGAAAGAGACAAAGCAUGGUAUUCAGAAUAUUAGCGGCAGUAAUGUGCAAUUUCUUGUGCCAGGCCAAAAAGGUAAGCACAUAAAAACCAUGCCUAGGAGUUCCACUGUCUACAAAUUUGGAGAUGGCCAGACAGGGAAGGAGAGCAACCGUUCCAUCUGGCUAAAGGUUGAGAGGAAUGAUGUAGAUGUUUGCAACUGUGAGUUCAAGAAUGUUCCCAUGUGCUCACAGUUCGAUGUUGCUCUGAAAGGGCCUCCUCUGCUUAAGAGAAAUUGUAAUGUUCCUGCAGUGUGCACGUCAUCCGGACCUGAAGAUAAAAAGCAGCCAAAACGCAAAGCUUCUAAGAAGUUGAAAAGAAAAAAUCGUCCAGGUUCCAAACAAGAAUACAACUGUUAUAAUGGAAGGAGUCCUCAUUCUAGCAAGGCUAGCUUAAAUUCUUGUGGAAAGGCUAACAUGCACAAGAAUGAAAUAUUGGAUAUCCCAGCUCGAGUUGUUGAUAAAAAAGGAGUGAAAAGCAUUUCGAAAGGCCAUACUCAGAAUGCUUGUCUGCAAGCUAGGUCCUAUAACAACAGAGUUGAAUGUGUGAAUUUUGAAUCAGACAUCUCGCCAAUUUUUCCAAAUGGAAUAAAGCCACCUGUAGGUACUUGCAAUUCUGUUUCUGAUAUAAAAAAUUACCGUACAGAGAGUAAGGAUAACUCAAUGCCAAAGUCAUGCAAUUUCUUGGACCAAAAAUUGAGUGAAGUGCAUCCUCCAAUUUACCUUCCUCAUCUUUUAGGUGGUAAAGUUUCCCAAGUAGAAAAUGAAGUUACCCUAGAAGGCAGUAAAAAGAACCAUAGUUCUAUAUCUACUCUGCAGAAAUGGAUACCUAUUGGGGUAAAAGUUCCUGGGUUGACCACAAUUAGUAGUUCAUCAUUGGAUCAUUUUGAUGGGCCAGCAGAAGACUGGACUUUGAGAGACACUGUUGAAGAGAAAGUCAUUUCCAAUUCUCAAGAUCUUGUUUCCUCGUUGACUUUGGGAGUGGACAAGGGUUCUGGAAAUGCUUCUUGGUUUUCUCAUGAAGAUAACACCAUUCAGAAUUUAAAAAAUCUGAAUGCUUUCAUGGUUGAGCACAAAAACAACCUUGUUACAUCCAACUGUUUAAUUAGUAAACCCAAAGAUCAGAAUUACUCAGUUUCUGAAGUUGAAUCAAAGAAGAUAGCACAAGCAGUGUCUGAUGCCUGUAGGAUACAGCUGGUAGCUGAGGAUGUUCAUAUGGCCAUUGGUGGCCCAAUUGCUGAGUUUGAAAGAGUUCUUCAUUUUUCUUCUCCAGUUAUUUGUCAAUCACCUAGUUUGUUAUGCUGUCAGACCUGCUUCCAGGACCAGCUUGUUGAUGUGGUACUAUGUAGGCAUGAGACCCCUAAUAUUUCAUUGGGAUGCCUCUGGCAGUGGUAUGAAAAACAUGGGAGCUAUGGGUUAGAAAUAAAAGCUGAAGAUUACAACUCAAGGAGACUGGGUUUUGAUCAUUUGACAUUUUAUGCCUAUUUUGUCCCUUAUUUAUCAGCAGUUCAACUGUUCAAAAGCCAUGCAAGUCAACACAUGAGGAAUAGCGACAAGGUUCCUUCACCUGGUCUCGUACAGACAUGUGAAAUUAGUGAAUCAUCAGACAACUGUAAUAUUGGUCAGCUUCCAAUAUUUUCUUUACUAGUUCCUCAGCGUCGCACAAGAGAUGCAUCUGAAUCUGUUGACAUGACAUGGCCUAGCGAUAUAGAGCUGCUUUUUGAGUACUUUGAAUCAGAUCAACCUCAGCGAAGACUUCCAUUAUAUGAGAAGAUACAGGAACUGGUUAGGAGUGAUGAAUCCACACAGCAUAAAAUGUAUGGCGACCCAACUAAUUUGGUCUCUGUGAACCUAUAUGACCUGCACCCCAGAUCUUGGUACUCAGUGGCAUGGUAUCCCAUUUAUAGGAUACCAGAUAGCAACUUUCGAGCCACAUUUUUGACUUAUCAUUCACUUGGCCAUUUUGUGCGCAGAGGCACCAAAUUUGAUUCCCACAGUAUGGAUGCAUGUGUGGUUUCUCCAGUUGUGGGUCUUCAGAGUUACAAUGCUCAGAAUGAAUGUUGGUUCCAGCUGCGGCACAUUGCAGCCAGCCAGACAACAGGAUUUCCGAGCAGAAUCUUGAAGGAGCAGUUAAAAACGCUGGAGGAGGCAGCAUCUCUCAUGUCAAAAGCUGUUGUAAACAAGGGGAGUGAGAUGUCUGUAAAUAGACAUCCUGAUUACGAGUUCUUCCUCUCUAGGCGAAGCUAGUGACUUCCAGUUUGUAUUUUAGAUUAGCAACUGAGAAUAGUCUUGUGUUUGCCAGUGACGAUGUAGCUUUCAGGUAAGAUUUAACUGCAUGUAAUGUAUAGGGCUCAAGUGGCUAAUCUACUGUCCUUUUUUAUUAUGUAAAUUUGUUUGAUAUUCAGCAAAGUAUACCUGUACAGUGAAUUUCCAAUAUUUUUGUCUCUUCCCUUUGUGUAUUUUUCAUGGGAAGAGAAUUGCCAA